AUGUCUUCCUCAAUCCAACCACUGCAAACCUCGGCUUCAGCCUCGACACCCACACCAAUAGAAACCAUGAGGCGCCGCAUCGCCGUGAUCUCCGGCUCCAGCUCUGGCAUUGGCGCUGCUAUUGCCCAUGAACUCUCCCUCCGUGGCGCCACCGUCGUCCUCAACUACCCCUUCCCUCACCUUCAACCUCAAGCCGAAGCCGUCCUGGCUAACCUCCCCCGACCAGGCGACGGAAUCGCCGUUGAAGCCGACAUCUCCACGACCACUGGCCCCAGACACCUCGUCUCUUGCGCCGUUGAAAAGUACGGCAAAAUCGACAUCCUUGUCAACAAUGCUGCGCUCGCCAUCAACCUCCCGCUCGAACAUAAGACCCUCGAGCACUGGGAUAAGCUCGUCAACCUGAACGGGCGCGGCACAUUUUUGCUCACGCAAGCCGUACUGCCUCACCUGCCUAAACCCAGCGGCGGACGGAUCAUUAAUAUCAUCAGUGUUUCAUCGAGGGGCCCGCCGCCAGGGCAGACGAUCUACGCGGGCACGAAGGGCAUGGUGGACAGUUUCACGCGGUGCUGGGCAAAGGAGCUGCCGGGGAAGUACGGGUGUACAGUGAACGCGGUGAGUCCGGGGCCAACGAGGACAGAGGGCUUUGCCGAUGCCGGAGAGGAGGCGAUGAAGAUUUUGCAGCCCGUGAUAGACCAGACGCCAGUGGGGAAGAGGAUGGGCGAGGCAGAGGAGAUUGCGUAUGUGGUCGGGUGUCUUGCAGAGGAAAGGGCGAGGUGGGUUAAUGGCGCCCAUGUUUUUGUGACGGGGGGAUUAUUCGUUGACUGA